CAGUGUAAGAGCUCUGCAGUAAGGCUCUGGAACAGAUUUGCCCUAGUGAUAGCUACCCAAUCCCUCUCCUGGAAAACACUUGCAAGUUCUAGAAACAGAAUGUGUGUGGCUUUUGUGCCCUUAAUGUGUUAGAGUAAUGCAAUAUGUGAGACACCGCUGUUAUUCACUGUCUGCGCAUGGCAUUUCCUUUUUAUCAGUGGAUUCUUACAAAUGGGAAAACUUAUCGGUUGUUUCUUAGUUUUCUGAGCCUUCGAUCACAGUGGAUUCAGUGGGUGAUAAAAUUCACCCCAAAUCAUAGUAGGGAUCGAAACAAGCUCCCUUAUGUUUGCUGUUGUUGCAUACCAUAAGGAUUAUUACCUCUGAUGCCAUCGGCUUCUUAAAAUAGAGAGGACACUCAAGAAAAUAUAAACUCCACCAACGACAGUUUGAGUUUUAGAGCUGGACUGGACCAGAUACGGUGUCCGAGCACAGCUGGCUGAUCUGCAGCACCUUUGUCUUUGAACUCGAGCAAUAUUUAAAUGAAAAUGGCACUGACGAGUCCAGAAGGUAAGAGAUGCCGCGGCAGUUCCCCAAGGUCUCCCUGAGCGAGGUGGACGAGGACGUGCGCCGCAUAGCGGAGAAGGUGUACGCCUCAGCGCUGCGGGAGGAGGGCACCAAGGAUGCGCUGUCCCUGUUCACGGUGGAGGAGGACUGCCCGAUCGGCCUGCACCAGGCCAAGGAGCGCGAGCUGCAGAAGGAGCUGGCCGAGCAGCACUCCGAGGAGACCGCCAAGAGGAAGAAGAGUUUCAAGCUGAUCCGUUCCCAGUCUAUGUCCUUGCAGAUUCCUGUCAAUCCAGAAUGGGCCCUGUCAGUGGUCACCCCUCUGCUCUCGCCCACCUCUCCCCCCACGUCAAUGCUGGACAGUGUCCCAGAAUUCCAGAGGGUCACCAUCAGUGGAGAUUACUGUGCAGGGAUCACAGUGGAGGACUACGAGCAGGCUUCAAAAAGUCUGUUGAAAGCUUUGUAUAUCCGAGAGAAGUAUUCAAAACUGGCCUACCACCGGUUUCCCAGGACUACAGCCCAGUUCCUGCGCGGUGCUGAAAAUGAAAAGUGGAGAGAGGAGGAUGAGGUCAUGCCAGACAUUUGUCCCUGCCCAGAAGAAGGGGAAGACCCCUACAGCAGUGAUGAUGUGCCAGAAAAUCUGAAUUACGAGCUGAAGAUGAAGGAUGGCAUCAUCAUAGUGUACGACAAUGCCGAGGCUGUGAAGCAGAACCAGCCGAGGAGCCUGCCCUACCCUGACCUGGAGACGUUCGCCAUAGACCUCAGCCAGGUUCUGGCCAUGAUCGCAGACGGGCCGACAAAAACCUACUGCCAUAGACGACUGAACUUCCUGGCAUCAAAGUUCUACCUGCAUGAGAUGCUGAAUGAAAUAGCAGAGCUUAAAGAACUGAAGAGCGUCCCUCAUAGAGAUUUUUAUAACGUCAGGAAGGUAGAUACUCACAUUCAUGCAGCAGCCUGCAUGAACCAAAAGCACCUACUGAACUUCAUACAAAGCACGUACAAGAAUGAUGCGGAUAAGGUGGUGAUGGAGAAGGGGGGAAAAAAGCUCACUUUGAAGCAGGUGUUUGAUAACCUUCACAUGGACCCUUAUGACCUGACUGUGGACUCCCUAGACGUGCACGCGGGGAGGCAAACGUUUCACCGAUUUGACAAAUUUAAUUCCAAGUACAACCCAGUGGGUGCCAGUGAGCUCAGGGAGAUCUACCUGAAAACUGACAACUACACUCAAGGAGAAUACUUUGCAAGUCUCAUCAAGGAAGUUGCACAUGACUUGGAAGAGAGUAAAUACCAGUACGCAGAGCCUCGAUUAUCAAUCUAUGGGCGCUCUCCAGAUGAGUGGGAUAGCCUUGCAAAGUGGUUUAUCCUGCACAAAGUGUAUUCACCUAACAUGAGCUGGAUCAUCCAGAUCCCAAGAAUAUACGACAUCUUUAAAUCAAAGAAAAUUGUACCAAGCUUUGCAAAAAUGCUGGAAAACAUUUUCAUGCCUCUCUUUGAGGCCACAGUAAAUCCAAUGAAGCAUAAGGAGCUACACCUCUUCUUGAAAUAUGUGACUGGAUUUGACAGUGUGGACGAUGAGUCCAAGCACAGUGACCAUAUGUUCUCCCACAUGAGUCCCAAACCAGAGGCGUGGACCAUAGAUGAAAACCCACCCUAUAGCUACUACCUCUUUUAUAUGUAUGCCAACAUCAUGGUGCUCAACAACCUCAGGAAGGAGAGAGGACUCAGCACUUUCUUGUUCCGACCACACUGUGGGGAGGCUGGCUCCAUCACUCACCUGGUCUCUGCCUUCCUCACGGCAGACAACAUCUCGCAUGGGCUGAACCUCAAGAAGAGCCCAGUGCUCCAGUACCUGUAUUACCUGGCUCAGAUCCCUAUUGCCAUGUCACCACUGAGCAACAACAGCCUGUUCCUGGAGUAUUCCAAGAACCCACUGCGUGAGUUUCUGCACAAAGGGCUCUGUGUGUCUCUGUCCACUGAUGAUCCCUUGCAGUUUCACUAUACUAAGGAACCUCUGAUGGAAGAGUACGCUAUUGCUGCUCAGCUGUGGAAACUCAGUACCUGUGAUGUCUGUGAAAUUGCAAGAAACAGUGUGGUCCAGAGUGGUCUGUCGCAUGAGGAAAAGAAAUGUUUCCUAGGGGAAAACUACUUGCAGAAUGGCCCAGCGGGUAAUGACAUUCGGAAGACCAAUGUUGCCCAGAUUCGCAUGGCCUAUAGAUAUGAAACCAUGUGCAAUGAGCUCAGCUUUUUGGUAGAUGCGGUAAAAACAGAGGCCAUAGUUGCACAAACCGAGUAAUUACAAGAAAUGGCUAAAGAAAUUUUGCAUCAGUGCAUGGAUUUUCUCUUCAAAUAGUAUGGUAUCUUUAUAUGCAGUCCGAGGACCAUACACAAAAACAACAAACAAAAUCGCCCAUUUUAAAGUUUGGGUGAAAUCAUUCUUAUUUACGAAUGGUAUUUUUUCCCCUAGUGCCUUUUGGAAGAAAGCAUUGCCUUGAUAUGUUUUUCAGUGUAUGCUUUUUAAGCUAAUACUGAGAGGAAGUUUUCAGCAGAUUGAUCCUAAAAACAGUUCAACUAAAAAUGAACAGGCACUUACAACAGUUUCCAGAAGAGAGAAGGGCGCCACCCACUGAUCUACCAUCAACUUGCAAGAGCACCCUGGAUUUGCUCAGCGUUAGUGGAUACAAUUUCUGCUCUACCUUAAUAUUAGACAUGCGCUCAACACUUCCUCUCAGAUGAGUACAAAUAUAAUUUGGAAGAAUGAAGUCAAAAUUCUGCAUUCCAAAAGAACUUUAGGUUUGUCCCACUCCUGCUUCUCCCUUCCUUAGACUGCUUAUCUUGCAUACAAAUAGAGGCAAAGGAUGGCUGCAUGCAAAAUAUAAUAAAAUACAGCUAGAUGUUGGGAAAGAAGAUCAAAGUGUAACGAAUUUCUUAAGAAUCUUCACAAUUUAUAUAUUUUUGGAACUCUUAAUAGUUCACAGGUGAAGGGAAUGCAUGCACAUAAACAGAUAUAAAGUUUGUAUUACUUGUUACCUGGUAUCUUCACAAUAUUACAGCAAAUUGACCUGUUUGAAAAUGCAGCAAACCCCUCUCUAAUUCUGCCGUCUUUAGAAAAAAACAGAGACGGGUGUAAAGGGCAGUUAAAGGGGAGAGGAGCUUAAGGGACUGCAUGUGGUGAUAGUAUCAUUUCUAAAUAUACCCUUUAAAAAAGCUGUGCAAUAAAAUCAUUAUUCUAGAUGGUUCUAAAAGAAGUCAUGGAUUUUAAGAGUAAAAACUUGGUUUUAUGCAUUAAAGGGCUGUGCAUAUUGUAGUGCUUUACUAGUAAAGAGGGAGUUACAGUGAGCAGUAGCUUCUAUUCAAGACUUCUAAACACUCUCCAGUUUAAGCACAUAAAAACUUGCUUAUGAAAAAAGCACAUGCCAGCCCUAAGCAACAAAGGAAGCAAAGGAACGAGCACUAAUGCAAAUUAGUCCAACAAUUAGUACUGCUGUUCUAAACAAAUUAUACUUUACAUAUAUGAUGGGCCCUAUGUAAUGUUCUGCAUUAAAAACAAAAGAGAGGACUAAAUUACUUUUGAAAAAGUACAGUUGUCAAAAACUGCUGAACAAUUUUAAUUUCAUAUAAUCACUGCACACUGUGUAACAAGUUCUGGUAUACUGUACACUACCAAGCUUUAAAGUUCUGUGAUGUAAGGAUUUCAUUUAAUUUUUCGUAAGGCGAUUUAUAUUUUUUGGGAUAUGUGUUUUUUUUAUGCAUUAAGAGGGACAAUUAAAUGUAAUCAAACAUAUAGUAGUAUGGUAUUUUAAAACUAGUAUAAUGUUGACUUCAUACUGUAUGUUGGAGACCUCUGUUAGCAAAACAUCACCAUUAGCACUUAAUGUAGAUAAAACAGCUGGAUUAUCUUUCUGUAAAUGUUAACCUGCACAAACGUGCUCCAACAUCCAAUACCAUGCAGCAAAACCAGUUUGGCUUGUUUGUAUGUUUCCAGUAUUCAUAUGUACAUUGUUUACGACUGCCUUUUAUCGGUGUGUAUGGGAAAUGGUUUAAAUAAACUUGAAUUUUUUUUGCAGUAA